AUGGUUUUCUCUACUUUCAUUUGCCAUUCCAAGGUGGUGAAUGUUGCUUAUACCUUAUUCUCUUCCAUUUUCUAUUUUUUCCUCCUAACUACAUUGGUCUCCUCUUCUCCAUUCCUAUCUGAUGAUAUAUUUGAAUCUACUGCAUCCACUGGUCGUGCCCUCCUACAAGUACAGAAAGCUUGUAGAGUUGAUUUUGAGAACCAAAACUACACAAUCAUAACAAGCCAAUGUAAAGGACCACAAUACCCUCCAAAGGUUUGCUGUGAGGCAUUCAAACAAUUUGCUUGUCCAUUUGUUGAUGAGAUCAAUGACUUAACAAGUGAUUGUGCUUCAAUUAUGUUUAGUUACAUAAUGCAUUAUGGAAAUUAUCCACCUGGAUUAUUUGCUAAUGAGUGCAAAGAAGGGAAAGAAGGUCUUGCAUGCAAUCAAGUAAAAUCAACCAAUAAUUCUAACACUUCUAAUAGUGUCCUUGUGGGUGCUUUUCACUCUAUGUUGCUAGUUUCAAUUGUUGGUUUCUUUGGAUUCAUUUUCCAUUUGUUUUGA